ACUUUGCUGCGGGAGAGAAUACGAAACGGUUAUUUUGUGUGUUCGGUGAUGUCACCGCCGCAUGCGCCACAUGCACAGAUCUGCUGCUUCCAAGGAGUGAAAAGACUUUUCUGACCGUCUUUUCUCCAUUCUCACAGCAUCCGGAGACGACGACAGCGGCGGCGGCUGCGCUAUCCCCGGGGAUCACCAGACGUUCCCUGAAUCAUCUCAGUGGAGGAAAAGGGCAGUGCACAUGAGUCACCUCGCGUAAUAAAUGAUGUAACGGCGUCUCGGUCUUCCAGCAGACCAUGGCGCUAAGUGGACUAACAGAGUGGGGAAAAAAUGCUUUCUCACGAACAUUCUAGCUUCAUUUAUUGACUUUGCCGAGGACCGAAGCCGAUGUCAAGCGACGGUGCCAUGAAGUGACCUCACACUGAUAAGUGGCACGGCCAUGGAACCUAAUCGGACGCUUAUCGUUGUGUGUGAGGUUACGUGAUCGUUCCGGACGGCAGUUUGAACGGGAGAGGCGACUGAUUUUGAUGCGAGACGGAGCCAUGUUGCGGCGUGGACUCCUGGCCUGGGUGUCCCGCAUGGGUGCUGUGCUAGUCCUUCUGUGUUGCUCCUUGUCACUCCUCUACGUGAUGACCUGCAGUCCCCUGCACUCGGACAACCCGCCGCUCAGUCGCGCCUUACCGCACGCCGGUUCCAAUCAGGUCAGCCUGGGUGGUACAAGGCCCGGGGUGGCGGCAGGCAUGGCUGGAACUGGGCGAGCUGCCCAAAGCGGGCGACCACCGGUGGUCCAUUCCUACCAGGCGCUACUGCAGGAGCGCGAAGAGCAACACCGGCUGCACAUCACCUCCCUGAAGAAACAGAUAGCUCAGCUCAAAGAGGCGUUGCAGGAGCGGAGCCAGCAGCUCAAAGGUGUGCAGGACAGCCUGAAGAGGGCCACCGCUGGGGGCCCGGCAGAGGGGCGCGGAUCGCAGGCGGGCGACCUCGGGGAUGCGCCCGGAGCCAAAAGCCAGCAGGCGGACCUCCAGGACUUCCUGAGGAGCCAGCUCUCCAAAGCCGAGGUGACGGGCGGGGUCAGGCUACCUAGCGAGUACGCGCUGGUGCCCUUUGAGAGCUUCACCCUGCACAAAGUCUACCAGCUGGAGAUGGGCCUAACGCGUCACCCCGAGGAGAAACCCGUGAGGAGGGAUAAGCGGGACGAUCUUGGGGAGGUGCUGGAAUUCGCCCUGCAUAGCCUCAACACACCGCCUGGCCAGCUGGAUGGCAAAAGUAGCAAAGUCUACUCGCCGUCUGACUUUAUAGAAGGCAUCACGCGCACAGAGAAGGACAAAGGGACAGUGUACGAGCUGACCUUCCACGGCGAUUCCAGUCGGGAAUUCCGCCGCCUGGUGCUCUUCCGGCCCUUUGGACCGCUGAUGAAGGUGAAGAGCGAGCGGGUGGACACGGCCGACGUGCUCAUCAACAUCGUGGUGCCGCUGUCCCGACGAACCGACAAGUUCAAGCAAUUCAUGCACAACUUCAGGGACGUCUGCGUGCGCCAGGACGGCCGCGUCCACCUCACGGUGGUCUAUUUCGGGAAGGAGGAGGUGAGCGAGGUGCAUCGCAUUCUGGAGAACACAUCCAGGGAGGUCAACUUCAAAAACUACACUCUCCUGCAGCUGGAUGAGGAGUUCUCCCGAGGUCGGGGUCUGGACGUCGGGGCUCGAGCGUGGAAGGGGGGCAACGUGCUGCUCUUCUUCUGCGAUGUAGAUAUCUACUUCACUGCCGACUUCCUUGGAUCUUGCAGACUCAACACUCAGUCCGGUAAAAAGGUUUUCUACCCGGUGUUAUUCAGCCAGUACAACCCCAAACUGAUUUACGGCAGUCCCGAACACAUCCCGCCAGUAGAGCAACAGCUGGUGAUGAAGAAAGACACGGGCUUCUGGAGAGAUUUCGGAUUCGGUAUGACCUGCCAGUACCGCUCGGACUUCAUCAACAUAGGAGGUUUCGACAUCGACAUCAAGGGCUGGGGUGGCGAGGACGUACACUUGUAUCGCAAGUACCUGCGCAGCAACCUUCUGGUGGUGCGGGCUCCGUCGCGCGGCCUCUUCCACCUGUGGCAUGAGAAGCACUGCGCCGACGAGCUGGCGCCCGAACAGUACCGCAUGUGUAUGCAAUCCAAGGCCAUGAACGAGGCGUCGCACGGCCAGCUGGGCAUGCUCUUCUUCCGCAAAGACAUUGACGCGCACCUACGCAAGCAGAAGACGCAGCAACUACUACAGAACGCCAAAAAGACAUGAAAUCAACGAAGUAGCGCAAGACUGGACAAUCGACGUUUCUGUUCAUUUGUGGGGAAGCAGAGACGCCUACAGGAGGGGAAGUGAACAGCAGUUUUUAAAAAAAUAAUUAUAUUUUAACGAUGUAAAAAACGUUUUUAUUUUGCUUUGAUAUGAAUAUAUUUUUUAAUUCCAUUUUUAAUUUUUUAUGAUUGUGUCGCAACCUUCAAGCAUUAAAUGUUUAAAAGACAUUUCUUUCUUUUGUGUAUAUAACUUGGCAACAAGUGAUAUAUAAUCAUAUAAUCAUCCCAACCUGUAUUUAUGUGUAAUAUGUUGUAAAUAGUGUACAAUUAUUACAAUUCUCCUUUUAUUUAACCGCAGCAACAGUUUAACAUUCAAGGAAGAAAACUCGCUGUUACAUGUUCUAUUGUAAUUAUCUGUAUUCUUUUACGAAUAUAUCGACGUUGACUCAAACAACGCUGCCCAAAUUGAGGCUCAGCAUUAAGCUAUUUUAUUAAUCAUAUUUGUAUAUAAAGUCAUAACUGGUUUAUAUACAGUAUAUAUCCAUAUGAUGCUUGAACCUAAUGGAUUUUAGUAUUUUUGCAUUACGUGAAAGAAUCAAAAUAUUUGGGGGACCCUGACUUAAAGAAUUCUGGCAUUUAAAAAAAAAGAUAAUUUCAAGCAGUUCUCAGGCGUCUUAAAAACAUGCAACAUGUAGUGGUUAUGAGAAACAUCCUAUUCAGUGCAUCCAGCAACAUUCAUUGCAGCUCUGCUUACCUAUUGGCUUUGAUGUGACAGCAGGAGCUUCACGCCCUUGGGUGUGUGUGGGUGUUUGAGCUGUGGCUUGAAAAUGGCACUGGAUCUUCCCCAAGUUUAUGUAUUAUGAUUCCAUCCUUCGGUGCCCAUUGAUGUUCUGUUGCUCCUUCUGGUGUGCGGCCUUUAAAGGUAAUACAAUCAUAUUAUGCAAAAGUCAAUUUUAUUAUGCCGAAGUCAAUUUUCCAUCUAGUAUGUCUUAAAAAACUGUUUAGAAGUACCUGAAUUAGCCUUUUGGUGGUCCAAAAUUUUCUGUAUUCAAAUUUAAUGUAACUCUUGUAAUUUUUUGGGGGGUGGGGAGGUGUCAAGCUCAAAAUGAGAAUCAGGCUGUUCAACUCCUGUUUCGAACGGUGACUUUGUCUGCACAUGAAAUAUAAUAUUUGACGCAUCUUUUGUCUUUGUCUAUGCACUUGUACUUUACUUUCAUGUCAUAUUUAUUCUUCCGUUCAUUAAGUUGGGCAUAAAUAAAGUGCCCAAUCGUCAACUGCAAUGUCUGUGAUGCAAUUGCAAUACUUGACCAAAGAUAUGAACAAUUUUCACGUUAUUCUUGCAACUAUCAAUGGAAGUUUCAAGUUUUUUUGUUAAUGUAUAUGUGAAUUACUGAACUUUAAUAAAAACAUACAGAAUCUGUUCAUUU